UUCAAAAACGAAUGCGGCCCGGUCAAGACAAAGGAAUCGAUUUUCAAUAAAUCGAAUAGCGACAGAAGAUGUGGCGGAAAAAUCAAUAUAAUAAUAUUUAAAAAUAUAUAGAGGCAGCUAUUUUUUUUUCAAAUAAAUCAUUUUUCUUUGUGUUGUGAAAAUGUGUGUGGAAACGCGAGAGCGAGGAAAUUAGAAAAAAGAGCGGCAAAUUUAUGGAAUAAAGGUGAUAAGUGAUACUCGCUGUCUCUUUCCAACGUACCACCCCUCUCUUUCGCCUUGUGAAGGGCAUUCCGUGAAUAUUUAGGCGGCUCUUAUCAGAAGCCCCGCCAGCUGAUAAGCUUUGUUAGCAGAUAAGCUGUUGAAGGCAAAAAUAACACCUAAAUUAAGCACAAAGCUCGACAAGCAGCUGAAUAUAAAUUUUAAAAAAUUAAUGAACAAGAAAAAAUACUAUUUUUAAACAAAUUAAAAUAAUAAUCAUUCGGAGAAAGACUCAAAAUGGGAAAAGAUCGACUGCCUGAGCUUUUACAGCGCUCAUUGAGCACGAACUCUUCGAAUUCGUCGUCCAAUGGUUCACUGCUUUUGAACGUGUACAGUGGAACCACGGAGUUCAUCCUCAACAACACCGGCGGGACCAAUAAUAGCUACAGUGUGGUCAGCCAAAACAACAACAAUAAUAAUAGUGGCGAAUCCAAGGAUCGGUUAAGUUCGAAAAUGGCGCAAUAUGGAACAAAUGUGGACGAUAUACUCAAUCCGUACACGGAGAUUCGCCAACAGCUCGCUCAGAUAGCCUGCAAUUUGGAGGCGAUGAACCGCAUGUCCCAGACCAUUAAUCUGCGAACGUUUAAUGAAAACGAGCUGGAUGAGCUGCACAGCAAAAACCUGAGACUGGGAAAUACGCUGAUGACGAGAUUCAAGGACUUCAAGACAAAUCUUCCAGCGGAAAACGAUUACAGUUUGGAGGCGAGGAUGAAAAGGACCCUCUUCUACGGCCUCCACCAGACUUUUAUCAAUCUCUGGCAUAAAAACGAGCUGUUCCUGCAGAAUUACGAGACCAAAGUCAAAAAGAAUCUGAGACUACAUACGAAAAUCAUCAAUUCAGAGGCCAGCGAACAAGAAAUUGAGUUACUCAUCGAGAACAAGACAACAAAACUCUUUGUGGAUAAUUUCCUGCAGGAAACGGAGAAGGAGCGGCAGGUUCUGCGCGAAAUGAUGGACCGAUUCAACGAGCUGCGCCGCCUGGAAAAGUCCAUCGAGGAGGUCCACGCCCUGUUCAUGCGCAUCCAGACCCUGGUACUGGAGCAGAGCGAGGUGAUCCAGCGGGUGGAGUUCCACGCCCAGCAGGCCACCCUCUACGUGGACAAGGGGGCGGACGAACUGGACCAGGCGGAACAGCACCAGAAAAGGGCGCGCAAGAAAAAAAUAAUCCUCAUCGCUAUAAUUGCAGCCAUUCUGUUGGUAUUACUCUUUGUUGGUAUUUAUUUGUGAUGCAUGUGAGACAAUUGCUUUUUUUUGCUUAUUUUUAAGAAUUAUUUUUAAGAAAAUAAACUUUAGAACCAGAA